AUGGCGCUGCGCGCCUUGAUGCAGAAAUACGGCCCCGCGGCCGCCAUCUCGUACAGCUCCGUCACGCUGACGUUCUUCAGCACGAUCUACGCGACGCUGACCUUCGGCUACGACCCGUCGCCCUUUAUAUUAGAGAUCGUGAGCCACGCGGCGAUGGCGGGCCUCGACCUGAAGCCCUGGAUGACGGACAUCGGCGCCCUCGACGCCGCGGGCGCGCCGACGGACAAGCUUCGCCACGGCUCGACCUUCGUGACGACGAUGCUCGUCACGAAGCUCUUCGUGCCCGUGAAGCUGCCGCUCGCUGCCGCUUUGACGCCGGCCGUGUCGCGGGCGCUGCGGCGCUACGGCGUCCUUGGGAAGGCGCGAUGA